AUUGUAUCACAACCUGCCGGCAGGCAUCGACAAUUCUCUUCUUCGUCACCACAGAAUGCUCGCAGGCUCAAACCCCAGGUCUCUCAGCCUGAUAUCUCUCUCAUCAAUCAAUCACUUGAACCUGCAGUGACCCUGCGCAGCGACAAAGUUGACAAGUUGAUACUCAUUCUCGUCGAUCCAAUAUGUACUUGGUCGACAUCAUCAAUAAUAAUUUGUGCUAUACAUGCCAUAUGUAUCCUGGAGCAACUUCAACGUAGUCAACAGUGUUUUGGGCUACGAAAUCAAGAAUUCUCUCCCCGGCGUAGAUUGCUGAUGGGACUUAGUAAUUCAGUCAGCGGACCAGGUAUUUGAUAACAUGAUAUGUCAGCCAAACGACUUCCCCGGACUUUGGAAACAUAUAUAAGUAAGAUACAACUUACUCGUGAUACCAGCACACUUUCAUUCCGCAUUUCAUCCAGCACAAACGGACUAACCAUGGCCUCUGACACUAUCGGCAUUUUCAACUACAUGUUGGCUCCGUCUGACGGCUCUCGGCCUUACAGUACCAUCAACUCAGAUAGCACCACCGGAAAGCGAGACCGCAACUGGGUCGAGGACACGCAUGAUAUACGAAUUGAGGAUGUGCGCGGGAAGGAGGAGCUUUAUAAGCUCGACAUUGCUGGGUUUCAGUAUGGGCGAGAAGCGGCGAAACAUACCAGCUUCUUGAAUGAUGAUGAGGUCGAGCGCGAAUACUACUCUGAGAGCAUCGACCUUAUCAAGAGGGUUACGGGAGCAACCAGGAUUGUCAUCUUCGAUCAUACUAUUCGUCGCCGUCGCCCAGGUGAGGUAGAUGAUGGCCCACAGAAACGUCAACCAGUUCCGCUGGUUCAUGUGGACCAAACGACUGCAUCGUCCAUUGCUCGUGUUCACAGGCAUCUCCCGCCAACAGAAGCUCCUUCCCUCCUUCGAAGACGCUUCCAAAUCAUUAACCUUUGGCGUCCCAUAUCACAUGCGGCUGUAGAUUGGCCGCUUGCACUAUGUGACUUCCGGAGUCUUGAUUACGAGAAAGACUUGGUACCUGUCACUCUUGUAUACCCUGACCACGAGGGUGAGACAUUUGGAGUCAUAUACAACCCAAACCACCAGUGGAAAUACAUGAAGGCGAUGACCCCAGAAGAGUUUGUUCUUAUCAAAUGCUUUGACUCGGUACAAGAUGGCAGUGUCGCGAGGCUCACGCCCCAUACUGGUUUCCAAGACCCGAAUACUCCAGAGGGAGCGCCGCUUCGGGAAUCCAUCGAGCUGAGGGUCCUGGUAUUCUAUGAUUAGAAGGCGUUUUUUUGACUGGCGUUCAGAAUUAGCAAAGAAGUCGUACCCCGUUUCGUUAC